AUGGCAUAGCCAAGUAAAAGAAAAUAAUCAAGAUCUUUUGAAGAUAGCGAAGUAGCAAUUUUAACAUAAGUGAUAGUAUAGGAGGAAGUUGUUUAGGGAAGGUGGACAAAAGAUGAACAUUAAAGAUUUGUAGAAGCGUUGAGUAUAAAUGGGAAAAAUUGGAAAAAAGUUGAAGAAUAUGUUGGUACUAGAAGUGGUGCCUAAAUUAGGUAUUUACAUAUUUGUGAAUUAAGAUCUCAUGCAUAAAAGUUUUUCAAUAGAUUAGAAAAAGAAUUUAAUAAAUAAUUUAAUGGUCUUAAGAGUUCAGAAAUUAAACAGAUUUUUGAAAAUAAUAUACAUCAUUAUUCAGAAGGGGAUUAGACAUAAAAAAGAUAAAGAUUUGGUUCUAUUAAUGGUAAUACAAAUAUAUUAUAUUUAGAUAUUUCUGAAGAUGAUAUAUAAGGAAACUUAGAUUCAAUGUAAAUAGAAUCAAAUUAGAUAUAACUACAAUAAUAAUAAGUUAAAAUGCAAUUACAACAGGGUAUUUUAGAUUUAAAUCUACCUGAUUCAUGUUAUCACUAAAAUGCAAAGGAUCAAGUCACCAAAUAUCAAUAAUAACAAAAUAAAUUGUAAAAGAAAAUACAAGAUAUUGUUGAUCGAAAUUACCCUGAAGAAUUAAUUAAAGAAAUUUGUGAAUUGCAUAAAGAAAAAGAUCAAAUUAUAGCUAUUCAAUAAAUUUAAAAUGCUUAUUAAUCCAUUGCUGAAGUUAAUCAAUUUGAAUAACAACAAUCCUUAAAAUAAUAGUAGUCUUAAUAAACUCAAACAGAAUAAUAAUAAUAAUAGAAGAUUAAUUAUUAAUUAAAUGAAGAAUCUAGACCUGGAAAUGAUGAAUCAUUUUUUCACUUUAUAAUGUAUAUAUUCUCUUUUUAGGACUAGGGCAAGAAAUUAAAAGUAUAUAAAUAAUAGAAAAUUGAGCUUAUCUGAUUUGAUAGAUGUACCAAAGAAAGAUGAAAAAGCAUAAGAAUCAGAAAUGUUGGAGUAAAAAUAACAAUAAUAAUAAGAGAAUGAAGGAUAAAGGAGUAGAAAAUAAUCAUUUACUUUUUACAACGAUUAGGUUGAAGAUAAUGAACUAAGAUAUUAGACACUCAAGAAAAACAAGAAAGAUUAAUGA